CAGGUCGCAGCUGCAGCCGGGACUGCUAGCAACUUGGCGCCGCCACAGUGGUGCUGCCUCCUACUCUGCAUCCGUCCAACCCUCCCGGGUCCGGGCGCUGAUCUAUAGGAGCCACGGAGAUCCAGCCAAGGUCGUGGAGUGUACAGUCUCGGCCUCAAAGGAGCCAUUGUGACUUUAUCCAGUCUGGGAUCUGUCGAUGGAAGACAGUGGCAUCCCUACAAGCUGCGUGGCGCCAUUACACUCACAGGGAAGGGAGUGACCGGUACGGGAAGGUGACUCACAGGCUAACCAGGCUGUUUGGGUGCCGCCUUUGCACUCCACAACUCAGCCACACUUUCCUUUGACUGAAGAACCUGGAGCUAGCGGCCAGGGGAGGAUCAGACGUCCACGUGAGGAUGCUGGCGGCUCCUAUCAAUCCAUCUGACAUAAAUAUGAUCCAAGGGAAUUACGGCCUGCUCCCCAAGCUGCCUGCUGUUGGAGGGAAUGAAGGUGUGGGACAGGUGGUAGCGGUGGGCAGCAGUGUGACUGGGCUGAAGCCAGGAGACUGGGUGAUUCCAGCAAACGCCGGUUUGGGCACCUGGCGGACCGAGGCCGUGUUCAGCGAGACAGCACUGAUCCAAGUUCCCAGUGACAUCCCCCUUCAGAGUGCUGCCACCCUGGGUGUCAAUCCCUGCACCGCCUACAGGAUGUUGGUGGACUUUGAGCAGCUCCAACCAGGGGACUCUGUCAUCCAGAAUGCAUCCAACAGUGGAGUGGGGCAAGCAGUCAUUCAGAUCGCAGCAGCCCUGGGCCUAAGGACCAUCAAUGUGGUCCGAGACAGACCUGACAUCCAGAAACUGAUGGACAGACUGAAGGAUCUGGGGGCUGAGCAUGUCCUCACAGAGGAGGAACUAAGAAAGCCAGAAGCAAAAAACUUGUUCAAGAACAUGCCCCAGCCACGGCUUGCUCUCAACUGUGUUGGCGGGAAAAGUUCCACAGAGCUGCUGCGGCACUUGGCGCCUGGAGGAACCAUGGUGACCUACGGGGGCAUGGCCAAGCAGCCCGUCAUAGCGUCUGCGAGCCUACUCAUUUUUAAGGACCUCAGACUUCGGGGCUUUUGGUUGUCCCAGUGGAAGAAAGACCACAGUCCAGACGAGUUCAAGGGGCUGAUCCUCACGCUGUGUGACCUCAUCCGCCAAGGCCAGCUGGCAGCCCCCGCCUGCUCCGAGGUCCCGCUGCAGGACUACCAGUGGGCCUUGGGGGCCUCCAUGGAGCCCUUCGUGUCCGCCAAGCAGAUUCUCACCAUGUGAGCUCCUGUCCCAGGGGAGCUGACCAUGCUGCAGGCCCCUCAGUCAGGGCCCAGCUUCCCCACCCAGACUGCUCUCCGCUCACUGCCUCUUCCCCCAGGAGGUGGGGAGGUCAGCCUUGAGCAUCUAAUAAAAUCUGAACCUCCUUAAAAAAAAAAAAAAAAA